CCAAAGUUAAGCAAACAACACGCCGUUAUAAACGACUACCCGCCCGCCCAAACUCGCUCUCAUCUUUUGACUUCAACCCCCAUCUCCCUAUCCUCUUCAUCUCAUCACGCCAUGGCCCCCAAACCCGCCUCCACUGCAGGGAAAGCUCCGGCGUCCACUGCUGGCAAGGCUCCCGCAACCACCGCUUCCAAAGCUCCGUCCAAGUCUACUGAGAAGAAAGCGGGCAAGAAGACCUCCAAGGCGGCGGCUCCGGGUGAUGGCGAGAAGAAAAAGCGCAAGAAGGUCAGAAAGGAGACCUACUCCUCUUACAUCUACAAGGUCCUGAGACAGGUCCACCCGGACACUGGUAUCUCCAACAAGGCCAUGUCUAUCCUGAACUCCUUUGUCAACGACAUUUUCGAACGCAUCGCGUCUGAGGCAUCCAAGCUCGCCCAAUACUCGAAAAAGUCCACCAUUUCUUCUCGGGAAAUUCAAACUUCUGUUCGUCUCAUCCUUCCCGGUGAACUCGCCAAGCACGCUAUCAGCGAGGGGACCAAAUCUGUCACCAAGUUCUCCUCUGCGACUACGACCAAGUAACAUGGUCGUCUUUUGUCUGUCUGUACAUUCUGUAUCAUCUAUCUGCAUAGCUU